CUCUCUCGUUUAUUGUGACAGUAAUCAUAACAACCAAGCAUUUCAUUUUCUCUGGAUAUUGCAGUUUUUUUUUUAAUUAUGGAUUCACGAACAGAACAUCCUCCAGCGGAAGGUCAUGAAGAUGAGCACUCCCAUGAGAAGACGUCGGUGUUUAAGAAGGUAAAGGCAAAGGCGAAGAGAAUGAAGGAUACGCUCAAGAAGCAUGGCCAAGGUCCCGACCAAGAUCAUCAUGAACAUCAUCCUGACGAGCACCAUAUUCCUGAUGAUCAUGAUCUAGGUAAGGAAGAUGAUGAGGACGAGGAAAUGGUUGAGGAUCCCGAAGUUCAUGCCCGAACAGAGACUGAGAAUUCAGGGAAAUCCAAGCUCGAUUUUGGGAGGUUAGGAGCCACGAGGGAAGACGCUCCAUCCCCAGGAGAGAGACACGAGAGCAAAAUAAUCAAGCCCAUUAAGGGCAUUGAGCCAAAUACAGAUCAACCCAUUUCCAAAUUUGGAAACCCAAUAGUCAGUGGGGAACAAUCUCACGCGCCGCAAAAUACACCUGUAUCACCUCCACCUGGAGAUUAUGGGACUAAAGCCACUGACCCAACUAAAACCUCUGUUCUUGGCGAAGGAGGAGGUACGGGACAACCUAAAGUCAAUUUGGAAAGACCGAUGGGCUUGGAGGAGGAUCGUCACGCGCCUAAGGACAGAUCUGAACCCCACUCCCCUACAAAUUAUCGGACCAAAGUCACUGAUCCCAAGGGCACAGGCGGAGAGGAGGCAGGAAUCGCCCCAAUUCUUCAGUCGUUUGAAAAAAUGAAAGUACAUGAUGAACCGAGUCCAAAACCAACUGGACCAGACGAUAACUCACCUACUACGAUAAGACAGCAGUUUACCAAAUCACCUACCGAGAGCCAUGACCAGUUCUCUCCAGGGCCAAUUCCUCCGGAGGCCAAAACCGUCCGAGACAAAUCUCAACUCCCUGAAAGCUUUGACGCCACUAAACGGACGGAUGACUCUUGGGAUAUAUCUGAGGAGCCAAAACCAACUGGACCAGACGAUAACUCACCUACUACGAUAACAAAACUGCCGGAUGACUCGCGCGAUAUAUCUGAGGAGCCAAUGAACCAGAGGAGUUCCACUGAAAAAAUCCCACCUGCCACAUCCACUAUUGCUGACAAAGCAAUCUCUGCGAAGAAUGUUGUUGCUUCAAAGAGCGGAUACGGUGAACCGAAGCCAAAACCAACUGGACCAGACGAUAACUCACCUACUACGAUAACAAAGCUGACGGAUGACUCGCGCAAUAUAUCUGAGGAGCCAAGGAGUUCCACGGAGAAAAUCUCACCUGCCACAUCCACCAUUGCGGACAAAGCAAUCUCUGCGAAGAAUGCUGUUGCUUCAAAGUUUGGAUACGGAGAGAAGGAUAUGACAUCUGGGACUGAAGUCCGCCAGAGUGGAGAUAAUGCCAAGUCUUCACCAGCGGAAUAUGGGAAGAAAAUUGCUGCGACGGAGACUGAGAAACAAAACCCAGUAUACGAGAAGGUUGCUGAAGCAGGUAGUACUGCGAUCUCAAAAGUGCAUGGCACUGGCACUACCGAUACUGACCCUGGUAUUGGCAAUGAAUCUCGGAGUUCGGACGUUAGAGGGCAAGACAAAGGAGUGUCAGUGAAAGACUAUUUUUUGGAGAAGUCGAGGCCUGGCGAUGAGGACAGGGCGUUAGCUGAGGUGAUCUCGGAUACUUUACACAAGCCCAACAAAAAGCCAGGGGAAGGAGAGAUGCCGCCUAUGGGCAAGGUGACCGAGUCAGGGGAGGUGGCAAGACAGUUGGGCACUAAGGAAGACAAUUCUUGCCAAGGGAUGCAAUCGAGCGAUGUAAAUAAUAGCCAGGAGAAGGGUGUGGUGGAUAAGUUUAAAGGUGCUGUCGGUUCAUGGUUUGGACUUGGGGGAGAAUCUCAGCCCCAAGUUUCUCCACAGCCCCAUGAUGGUUCCUCGUAUGGCGAUGAGGGUAUUUCCCGUUCUGCCAAUGGAGAUGGAGGAAACAGUAGCCCCACAGCAGAUGAGGGCAAAAGACUUCAGGAGAACUGAUCAGAAGAGUUGGAUCCUUUUUCAAGUCUGUUCUACAUUCAAAUGCGUGGUUUGAUGUUGUGAAUAAAACAGUAAGGCAUGAGAUUUUCUGCUGCUGGUGUGUGUAAUAAUAUGUGAGGCUUUAGUUCAUGGAAGAUGCUUGCAACUAUAUUUCCAUGUACAUCUAUGCAAAUAUAAAUUGAUUUAA